AUGGGUGAAAGCGACUACAUCAAGGUUUCCGAACCGAACUACAUGGUUAUCUGUCUUCUUUUCGGCUGUCUGGCUGUUUCUGGGUACGGCUUCAAAGAUAAUAAAAAAGGGGAUAAAAAAGAGAUUCCGUUGUCUGAGAGGACAAUGGAAAUGAAAUUUUAUUUCGAAAGGUCUUCGUCAUUUGUAGCGUGUCUCAUGUCAUGGGAAAAAAGUCCGUUUCGAUCACGCAAUCCUUCCAAAAUUAUUGAGAAACACUACAAUUUUCAAUAGCGAUUUUGUACAGUAGACCUUAUAAAAAAAGUGCUGAAAAAUUUUUUUCAUUCUGCUCACAAAGGAAGAAAAAUUUUUUUAUAAGUUUUAAAACAGUUAAAAAGUUUAGACAAAAAAAUGAAACCUUCCAUCAUUAUUUUUUUAAUCAUUUAAGAGGUCACUCGAACGUCUCCUAGGGCUUUUUUGACUUGACAUCUAUUAUAGCACACUAUAAUUUCACUCAUUGUGAAGAUACAGGCAUUGUGAAAAAAAUCCACGGAAAGGCUCGUGACAAAAAACAUGGUCGCAUUUGGAAUGGCUUGAAGCCUGAGAGAUGAAAAACGUUUUUUUCAGCUACUCAGAUCAAGUAUUCUAUUCCACAUGCGACCGAGCAAGUCGAACGUAGAUAAUACUAACUUAAAUCUUAAGAAUUGCGACGAACGCCGUCUACUGUGGAAUCGUGCUAAUAAAGAAGACCCUGCAUGUCUCAUGUCACAUUCUAAUGAGCAACCUGGCCGUUUGCAACAUUCUUUACAUGAUUUUGCACGUUCCUUACUACGUCGACGCCCUCGUUCUCAAUAACGAACCUUUCUAUGGUAUCCAAAAAAAUAAGAGCACUAUUUAGUUCAAGCUGAAAACUUUCAGGACGCAUUCCCUGUAAGAUCCUCUUUAGUAGCGGCUAUUUUUCAAGCACGGGUGAGUAGAUUUUCAAGAAAAAUGAAAAAAAAUGAUUUCUAGGAAGUUUCUACUUCAUGACGGCCAUUUCUCUGAACCGAUGGGCGAAAAUAUACGGAAAUGUGACUUCUCCGAGGCUCCCGCUGAAAAUGAACGCGAUUGCCGUUUGGAUCAGUAAUCAUGUUAGUGAUGUCAUUGAAACUUUAUUGAUCUCGGAGAACUAUUAUUGAAAAAAAUAAACCAAAAUUGACUUUAUAUCAUUUUGGGCGCCAAAAAAAUCCAAAUAUGAAAAAUGUUUUGAUAUUAUUUUUAGGCGAGUUUCCUUCUUCCAACAAGCUAGAUCUUUUUUUUCUUUCUAAACAAAAAAAAAUCAAAAAAAGAUUCCAGACCCUGGUAAUGGUAGCGAUUUGUUGGACGAUGGCGAUCGCGAUUUCCACCCCUGCUGUCUUCAUUGCUCAUGUUAGCCAUUAUCCAAUGAAAUUCAAGAAUUUGUCAAGAUUCAGCUCGAUGUGGUCAACAUCAAAGGAGCUGGAGGAAUCGACAUUUUCAACUCCUCCCACUGCCGUGGCAUCAUUCUCAACAUCGUUCAACUGACUGUAAAUCUAAAAAAGAAUAUUUUUUUCAAAAAUUGUGACGUCUUAAGGUUCUCAUCUUCUUCCAAUAUUGCAUCCCGAUACUCGUCCUGGUCCCGGUCAAUCUUCACAUCUGCUACUUCCUGAGCAACCUAAAAGAUGUGACCAACACCACCAUGGCGAAGAAAAUCAAGGAGAACAACAAAAAACGUGGCAGGAUCAUCUCGUCUCUUCUGCUUCAUAUCAUUCUCCAAGUCUGAGAAUAUUUCCAAACUUCAAAUCUGGAUUGGUUCCGACUUCAGGUCUGCGCUUGGGUUCCUCUGUUCUUCGUGUCGAUCCUCCAAGAAAUCGCCAAGCAAACUUCGUUCAUGGCUCACACCCAGGCCAAAGUCUUCUGUCUCCUUGGGAUAAUUGUUGGAGGGCAGCUCAAGAAAAUCUUGAUUUUUUUGGUUCAGCUUACGCCGAUCAUAUUCUCCGCUGGUGAAGGACUGAAAGCUUCGAUGCUGAAAGACUUGGCUGUUAAAUGCUUCUGCUGGCUUAUUGGCCGUCGCGAGGAACCGCCUCAGCCGGAACCUUGUAAAAAUCAAGUAAAUGGUGAAAGACCAGAAUUUUUUAGCGGAAGCCGUCCUUCGUGCUCGCGAGAGCCGUCAUCGCCGUGAGGAAGAGCGACGAAUCCUUAUGGCGGCCCAAAACCAGGCUAACGAAGUCACUCCCUUAUUGAGCCAUCGUGUCAAUCUAAAUGAUAAACAGCUGUCCCACGUCUCCUACGAAACCAACACGCCUACCGAUGCUUCCACUCAAUCCCACACCAGCAGCGCUCUCGCCUCGUACCAGGUUUAGAAAUUGAAACUGUGUUGAUCAAAACUUGAAAUGCUUCAUAAGGAAGUCCAAUUAUUUAGAAAAUUUCUGGAAACAAGUUUGAAAAAAAUUCGGACAGUCUCAAACUGCUCUUGAAGAAUAGUCGCUUCAAAAGAAGCCAUUUUUGUCAUGGAGCAAAGGGCCAGAACUUUAGAACGUCUGCAUUAAAGGAAAAAAUUUCUGACUGAGAAAUAUUGCUCCAGUGCCAGGUCGAGUUGAUUUCAAAACUUCGAUUUUCAACCUUUCUUUUAAACGUGUAAUUUUGAAGCUGAGCGACUCUCAGUGAGCUCUUUCCCGAAUUUUCUCUCCUGGAUUUAAAAAAGCUUCCCACAAAAAAAUUAAGGAAGAAUCGAAAUCUCAUAAUGAAGCAAUUCUUUACCGUGAAAGUUUCAGACCGAAGUCACGGUUGACUUCCACGAAUGCCCAUUCGACCGGAUCGAGUUCAUGGACAAGGAGGAGACCAUCCCGAGAAAGGCCAAGGAUGUCAUCGUCACUGCUCAGCCGGACCGUGGCUUCACCUUCGUUCACGUCGAAGAGUGUGGACCUUCCACCAGCGGAUCCAUGGCUGUCUUCUGCCGACCUAACAGCGAUGAAAUCAGCAUCAUUUCGGAGAAUGAAGAAGUCAACUUCUAA